UACAGAACAUCCUGAAACAUGUAGCAUAAGCAGCUGUUAUUACAACGGCUGCUGCUGAAGUAGUGACGCGGUACAAAUGCAGGAUGGAGGACUGUUGGCCACCCCUGCUAAUGUGACCAAAUUAAACUGGACUACCCAAUCAGAGAAGACAAAUACUCAACCCAAUGAGACAAGUUUAAGCCAUCGCUGAAUGCUCAACCAACAUGAAGAUGUGUGUGUGUGUGUGUGUGUGUGUGUGUGUGUGUGUGUUACAUGUAUGUGUGAACAUAUCUGAAAAUAUUAAUUUGAGUGUGUGAAGUAGCUUGAGUGUGAGUGGGGUGUGAUGUGUGUUCACCAUGUCUGAGGAGGACGUGAUUAACUGCACCAUCAGCCAUGAAAUUCACCAGUACCUUUUCUCCUGUGUGUAUAUCCUCGUACUAUUGAUUGGUGUUCCCUCUAACCUGUACUCUUUGUACCACGCUGCUGUGCAGCUGAAGCAGAAGAAUGAGCUGGGAGUUUAUUUACUGAACCUCACUGUGUCUGAUCUGUUAUACCUGGCAUCAUUGCCAUUGUGGCUACAGUACAUCUUUCAGGAUGAUGACUGGCAUCACAGGGAAUGGUUGUGUCAGCUGUGUGGCUUCCUGCUCUAUGAGAACAUCUACAUCAGCAUUGGUUUCCUGUGUUGCAUCAGUCUGGAUCGCUACCUGGCUGUGGUCCAUCCUUUAAGGUUUACCUCUCUCCGCUCUAUGAGUGCUGCGUGGCUCGUUAGCACCAUCAUCUGGCUAAAAGAGAUCGCUGUGGGCAUGGUUUUCUUCCACCAUAAAGAACUGAGCCAAGACCGCAAGAACCAAUCAGUGUGCUUCGAGCACUACCCCAUGAAGCCGUGGGAGUAUCCAAUCAACUACUAUCGCUUCACUAUUGGUUUCAUGUUCCCACUGGCCAUUCUAUUGAUCAGCUACCUGUGUGUCCUUCGUGCUGUGGGUCGGAGCGCUGGGACACAGCCGGAUCAGAAGAUGAGGAUCAGGCAGUUAGUCAGCAGCACCAUCCUCAUAUUCCUUGUCUGCUUCUCCCCCUACCAUGUGUUCCUGUUAGUACGCACCCUGCUGGAGCGGGACUGUAACUUUAUUGCAGGAAUAUUUAACUACUACCACCUGUCGUUGUUGCUGACCACCCUGAACUGUGUGGCUGACCCCGCUCUAUACUGCUUCGUAAGCGAAAAUGCCCGCCACGGCCUGUACAGAGCCAUAUUCCGGCCUGUUGCCAGGAUACUAUGCUGCUGCUGUCACCGCGGCAACGCCAGCCCCAGCAACCCAGCCACCGAUUCCCAUGAGGUCGCCACCAAUGACCCUCCAACCGUGAUGCUCCUCACACACACCAGCACACUCAACAACUUAAAAACAGACACCUCCAGCAAAAACACAAUUUUAAUCACACAGACAGAUGAAAAACCUAUAAUACCCUUAAUUGUACAAAAUAACAGACACUCAAUGUGUCUCAAAUGUGUGGACAGUGAUGGAAAGCCCAGCUGUGCGAUAGCCAUGGAAGAGCAGAACCAAAAGACAGAGAGGACUGAAGAGACUUCUUCUCUCUCUCAAGUGAUUUCACUGAGCUCUGAUACAGCAACCGACACUAUGUGAGAGCUCAACAUGAAUCUGACAUCUGUUUUGACACUGCAAAUGCCCUGUUUACAUUUCUCUGGUUUGUAGACAUGGCAACACAUUGGAGGUGUAGUUUGAGAUUGACAAAAGGUUCUUAUGCUUCAGGAGAUCAAUUAAUAGUGUAUUUGGUUACCGAACCCUUGGAGGGGAACUUGCCAGUAUUCUUUUAAAACAAUAGUAUUAUGGUACCACUUUCUAAUAAGAUGCCCUUUAUAAAGGGUAGUUGUAACUAAUCGCUUUAUUAAUGGUUAAUGAAUUAUUUAGCAAUGAUUUAUAGAUUAGUUAUAACCCAUAAAUCAUACUGUGGGAGGGCAUAGAGAAAAUCAGGUGGGCCAACCUGCAAGACUCUUAGGUACAAUAUUUUUGCACAGUCAACUAUUACCAUAAGGUUACUUGUUAAAUUACCUGUUUAAUUAGGUGUAGCACAUCACUCCCACACAGUAGCAGGAACAGCAAUAUAAAAUUUGAGAAUAGAUUAAUUUACACUCUUUGUUGUUCUUAGUAAUGCCUUAUUAAUGAUCUCUAAAGUAAAUUAUUUAUUAACCAUUAAUAAAACCAUUAAUUACAACUCAAUAUAACUUUUUUAUAAAAGGUGACUAAUUAGAAAAUGGUACCACUGUUCCUUUAAAAGGAUGUCAUUUUGGCAUAUGUAUGCUCCAUUAUGCUGAUUCUUCUCUCUUCCUAGAGGCAAUCUACAAUAUGACUAUUAAAUUCAGGACACAUUCAUCUAAUUUUACCCUGUGAGAUUAAGUAACAGCACAGAGCACACAGUAAGUGGUGCUGAUACCACAUCGCAACUGCAGUAAGAGCAAAUCCAAAGUGCAUGGUAACUAAUUGUUCAGUGCAUAAACACAAUGUGCUAAAUUAGGAGGUUGAAUACUUAAGUUCAGCUGUACAAUUACUGACAUAGAAAUGGAUUUACAGAUGUUUGAUGACUUACCUGAUGAGGAAAAUGUUUCUCUGUUUCCAAUGGGCUACUGGGUAGGGGUUUUAUAUUAAAGUUGUCCAUGCCAUGAAAAUUUACAAAAUGACAGAAAUCUACCAACUACCAACCUUCUACAGUGUUUUGUUCAGCAUAAUAUAAUGUCCAUGGACUUGAGAUGUUAGCAUAGUAGCAUUGAUUUAGAAAUAUUUAGCUUUAAAACAAGACUGUGUAGCUUUUAACAGCCAAUGUGGCCAAUAAUUGAAAAAUAAGGGAUAAUGGUAAAUGCUAAAAUAUAGUAUAACAGCAGCACAAGUAGAAAAGAGUCAUCAAGUCAGUAAUCUGACUCAGUAAUGUCUGUUACAAAGCAAUCGCUACCUAAAGUUUGCUUUAGGUAGCGUUUACUAUGUAGCUAACAUUAGUCACCAUAAGCUAGUGGUCAUAACAGACAGCAAGGUAGCCGCAAAACCCCUAAGUGUAUUUAAUUGUGCAAGAGUGCUUAUGAACAUAACUUUAAAUUUGUAAGAGGAAGAUUGUUUUUUAUUUUGUUAAAAGCUACACAGUCUUGCUUAAAACAGUAUCUUCUUAAUAAUUUGGACUGUCCUCUUAGCUUGUUUCACAACUUUAACCCUAACUCACCUUUAAAGAGAAGGUUUUUACUAUUUAUUGUUCAAUUAUUUUUUAAAAUACUUGUCAUUUUAAGAAAUGAUACUAUUUUAUGGCAGGCUUUAAAAAGAUCAGCCUGUGUUUUUUAAUAUUGGCAUGCAUCUGUCCAGGUCUGUUUCUGUGCUGUAAGAGAAUAAAUAUCAAGGGUAACCUCUAAUGUAUGUAUGUUUCUAUUUGCAUGCAUGGGAAUGGCACUAUAUUGUUAUGGUAAUCAUUUUAUACUGUUAAGAAUUUGUAAGUCCAUCUAUUAUUGAACAAUGACAUUAUGCUCACAACUUGUGUUGUUAUAGAUCUAUGAAACAUUGCCAAAACUUUUGUAUGGAAAUAUAUCAAGGUCAGUACUUAAUUUGUUAAAGAACCUCUACAAAAUCUUGUUCCACAAUCACAACAUGUUCAAAACUUUAGUUUCUAUGGAAGUAUAAUAUUAGUUUAAAUGUUAUAAAAGUAUGAAAUUAUUGUCAAAAUUUUAAAUGUUGUAGAAAUAUAACUUUAUGGUCAAAAUGUCAAAAAUACUAUCUAUGACUUUAUGGUGGAAGAUAUAAUUGUUACAGAGAUAUAAUAUUAUGGUCAAACCUUCAGUUAUGGAACUGUAACAUGGUUAACAUAUUAUAAUAAUAAAUGUUCAAAUUAUAUAUCUUUACUGUGGCGAAUAUAAUGAAGAACAUUUUUAUAAAACUUUGAAACUGUA